GAUUGGACUAGUAGUAUAUAUCCUUUUCAAGAAGGUAAAAGAAGACAAUAUAACAAUCUUCUCAAAACCCAAACGUUUAUUUAUAUAUACAAGAAAACGCAAAUACGUUUCAAGAAACCAAAAACGCUACGUAAACCGAAUAAAUUGUGAGUUCGUCUCAAAGUAGAAAGAUGAAUGCUGUGAGGUCUGCGUUAGGUGAUAUGGUGAUAACCUUCUUCUGGGUUAUUCUCUCGGCGACGUUUGGGUUACAGACGGCGGCGAUUAUUUCCGCAGCCGGAUUUCAUGGCAUCACUUGGGCACCUCCGCUGAUUACGACGGUGGUUGUUUUCUUCUCUAUCUCGGUUUUCACGGUUAUUGGAAACUUUCUCGGUGGCGCUAGCUUCAACCCUUGUGGAAACGCCGCGUUUUAUACCGCCGGCGUUUCUACGGAUUCUCUCUUCUCCUUGGCUAUUAGAUCCCCGGCUCAGGCACUUGGUGCAGCAGCAGGUGCGAUAACAAUAAUGGAGAUGAUACCAGAAAAAUAUAAGACUAUGAUUGGAGGGCGUCCUUCAUUCAGAGUUGAUGCACACAGUGGAGCUAUUUCAGAAGUGAUUCUAAGUUUUAGUGUUACAUUUUUGGUUUUGCUGAUUAUCCUAAGAGGUCCUCGUAAACUGCUAGCUAAAACAUUCUUACUCGCUAUAGCCACCGUCUCAGUGUUCAUCGCAGGAUCUACAUUCACUAGACCAUUCAUGAAUCCUGCCAUUGCAUUUGGGUGGGCAUAUAUACACAAGUCACACAACACAUGGAACCAUUUCUAUGUGUAUUGGUUCAGCUCCUUCACCGGAGCUAUUUUAUCUGCGAUUCUCUUUCGGAGUCUAUUUCAGCCGCCACUUCCGGUCCAGAAAAAACAGAAGAAAGCUUGAGUAAAUAGGAAGAACACAACUCAAAAUUUCAUGAAUUAUAUAUACUACUUGUGUGUGUUUUGAGUUGUAGUCUGUCAUUUGUACUUUGUAAACUCAUGUCCUCUAUUUUGUUCUCAAUGGAUUCACUCUCGUCCGGUUUUCUUGCCA